AUGGACCUCGGGAUGUUUUCUGCUGAUAUGAAGCGGCUCUACAGUCGUCCGCCUCUCGGCCACUCAUGUAGGGAGGGGGUCUGGGACGAUCCUAUAUGCGCUGUAUUGGCUGAUAUACCCUCAAGUUUGGCCGUCAUGGAGUCAGUCAUGCGCAUGCGCAAGGAGACCAAAACAGAAGAGGAGAGAAAAUGUCCCUGCCAACUCGCUCUCACGAUCUCCCUCCUCUUUUUCCUCCCCCCUUUUUUUGGGCGGGUCCGAUCCGAGAAUGUUCACAAAGCGAGAAACUACGCAAGUAUGCGCCUUCUGUCCCAUGAGCUUCAGAAGCCAUGGACGGCACUUGCCAUGCAUUUGAUACCCAUCUUUGGUUGUUUAUUUAUUUACAUCGUGAUAUUUACCUGCAGAUGCAGAAGCUACGACUGUCUCCGUGCUUACUCUUUGAGUCUGCGAGAUGUAAACAUCCCAAUCCAGGUGGAGGAAGAAAAAACGCAGUUUUUCUUCAUGAAGCCCAAAUAUUGCAGCGCAUAG